AUGCUUCUCCUCUCCGUGCUGGUCCUACUCACACAGCCUCCAAGGUCAUUGGGAGCAGAAGUGAAGACCCUUCCCCAGAAACCUUUGAUUGAUAACUGCACCCUGGUCACAUGUAGCCCUGUGGAGAAUGGCCUGCCUGGUCAUGAUGAACAAGAUGGGAAAGAGGGCCCCUUGGGCGAGAAGAGGAAUCCAGGUUCACCAGGAGCUAGAGAGCAAAUGGGGAUGCUGGAUGUCCCCAAAGAGGACAAUAGCUCUGCUGGAGAACCUGGACCGAAGGGAGACUCGGGGCCACGUGGACCUCCGGGACCUGCAGGUGUGCGCGGGCCGGCUGGAAGAGAGGGUCCCUCAAGAAUACAGAGGAGUGUAGAACCCCAAGGUAAACCAACCCCCAAAAGAGAGCCAGAACCCAAAGGAGAAGUGGGUGCCCCAGGCGUGCAGGGCUCUGCAGGGACAAGAGGCCCCCCAGGUGUCAAAGGGGAGAAAGGUGCCCCUGGUGAGCGUGGAGACCCUGGAUUUGCAGGGGCAGCUAUGACAGUGGCUGUGGGCUUCCUGGGGUCCACACCCUUCCCUUUGGGACCCGGACUCUGAGCCAAUUCCUGACUGUGGGGGACUGGUCUUCACUGUGCCUCUCUCUCUUCUGCAGACAUUGCUGCUCUGUGGCAGCAGCUAGAGGCCUUGCAGGGGCAGGUAAGACACCUGCAGGGAGCCUUCCUUCAGUAUAAGAAAGUGGAGCUCUUCCCCAACGGCCGAGGUGUUGGCCAGAAGGUCUUCAAGGCAGCAGGCUUUCUGAAAACUUUUUAUGAAGCACGGCAAGUGUGCGCACAGGCCGGUGGGCAGAUGCCCUCCCCACGCUCUGCAGCUGAGAACCACGCCUUGCAACUGCUGCUGGAGGCUGAGAACAAGGGUGCUGCAUUCCUGAGCAUGACUGACUUCAAGACGAAGGGCAGGUUCACCUACCCAGGAGGGAAGCCCCUGGUCUAUUCCAACUGGGCCCCUGGGGAGCCCAACGACGAAAACGGCAAUGAGCACUGUGUGGAGAUCUACACCAACGGCCAGUGGAACGACAAGCCCUGUGGAGCGAAGCGCCUUGUGAUCUGCGAGUUCUGA